GCUCAGUCCGUCACCGAACGUCUCAGACCGUGUAGCUACCCGGUCUCGUGCCGAGCAGCCACCGAUCGUGUCUUGAUCGCGCGUGUCAUCGAUUCUCCAGGACUAUGCUUGGUCUCGCGUGAUACGUCCAACUCCGCGUCGCGUGUGGACACUCUGGUGCGAAAUGCUUUCUUUGCUUCCUGUUUUCGUUCGCAACUCGAGAGGACGUCUCUGAUCGUAGCGAUCGGUAGAACUCGUGGAGGAUAUAACAGUAUUAUAAGAGUGACAUGUCGUAAAAUCGAAGUCCUUGUGCCCGAUAGGAUCCUUGGAAUUAGGGAUGACAGUGGUACCGUGGUUAGCUCGCAGAGUUGAGUUUAGAUCGUAACGUUUUAUGGAUUCCAUGAUUUAGAGCAUGUCUGGCUUGACAGCGUCAGUCACGAGUACCUAGAUUCGAUAUUUCGUAUCCCAACCCCCGUACUCUGUUGGUUCUCUAAUACUCGAUCGAGCACGCGAAGUUAACGACCGAGGUACUCGCAAAGACGAAGACGGACGAACGCUUAAAGGACGGUAGAAUGGCUCACUAUCACCGAAUUCCUUUAUGACAGUGUACUAGAGGUGUCAUGAAUAACUUGAUCGAUUAUGAACGUUACAUUGAUCCCAUGUGUGUCCGGUACCCCUAUGUUCCGCAGGUUCUACAAUCUGGCGGAUCGUUUGAAUUAGGGUAUCCCAGAUAGACCACCCGGCAUUCAAAGACGACAGUGACGAAAAUUAAAGAGGAUUAUGGUAUAAAGCGACAGACGGACAUUCGAGGAUGACCGUGACAUAAGGACCCCCAUACUCAACAGUUGGGCCCAUUGAAUUAGCGGCCUAUUCCAGGACCUGUACCACUGCCCCCUAUCUACCUAUCUUUGUAAACAACAAUAACCGUUAGUCCAAGUUAACCGUGUCCCUUUGAGAUGUCAACGUUCAAAUCGUCUUAUUGUACCCUUAAAAAAAGUACGCGACGAGAAUUAACACGGACACGAGGAAAGCCCGCAGCGAUCGUUUCUGGAGCGAGCGAUCGCGUCGCGUAGGUGUUCAAAGACGUCUAAUCGCGUUAACACCGCAACGAUCGCAGCGGUAGAUGAUCGGGUAACAGCGUCGCGUGCCGCUAUUUUCCUGGGCGAUCGGUAAGAUUGGCGCAGAGGCUAGGUCUCGCUUAUGUAGGGCGCAGAGAACACGGACCGACCUCGUGAGGGACAAUCGAUGCAAAAGCAAUUACGCCGGUAACGCGAAUCGCACUGCGGUAUAGUCUGUAUUAUCUUGCCUGCGCCUGCAUGUAUCGCAUCUCGGCCAGCCCAAUAUUUCAGCCUAAUUCUUCCUUCGAUACGCCGUCCAAUAGGAAAGGAAAAAUUCUUACUGAUUGCCCCUUAUCGAUACACGGCAUUUCAUUUCGUUCGUCCUUCGCUUCCUUUUCUCUUCCUCCACGCAAUUUAUGGAUAUCAUUGAUCCUCCUGGGAUCUUAACUCGUGUCGCAAUUUAAUAUCGUCGGCUCGAACAAGCGAUCGGUACUAGAUAUCGUCGGUUUGUUGUAUCGUGUUAAGCCGUUGUAUGUUCACGGUUUACGAGCGUGAAAAAUGGUACGGGUAAUAGAGCGACUCGAUGUUCUACCGGUUGUAGAGUCGCGGUGUUAAUUACGCGCGAACGACUGUGAAUUUACAAAUUGAAAAUAAUAGCGGCAUCAUCUUUAUCGUAAGGAAUUCAAUUACUUAUUAAACGGAUGGCUAAAUACCCAUGGAAUAACAUUACAACUGUUAAGCGUACCGGUAUCUAUUUCUUUUAUCGUCGAUUAACUAUUUAGAACAUUCCGCGUAAAAAGACGAACGGUUCGUGGAAUAUAUUUGCGCGAUGUUUGCGAUCCGGUGAAGGAUUAUUUAUGAUCGCUGAUUCGAUGAGUCAGGAAUGUUUUUUUCAUAACAUUCUGCGUCGCGAAGACUCGUCACGUGGCAAGUUCAUCGAUUUAAUUAGACGAGACCAUUAACGGUGCACCGGCUACUAUAAAACCGGGUCAUUAUUCACCGAUCGUCGGUUCGCCUUAACGGGUGACAAUUUACAUUAGCUAAUGGGCCGAUUUACGGCCGUGCCGUGACGCACGCGGUUCAAAUUGGCAAAAUCGGAAUCAAUUGCGUAAAUUUCGAGGACGUGUCAUGGAUGGUAUCGAUUGGCCGAGAAGCGACGUUCCAGGUGGUAAAUCACUCGCUAACGAGAUCCAAUCGGAACGAAAAAACUUCUACGAUCGACGAAAUUUUCUCGUAAUUCAAAAGUAAUCGCGUUUCAAUGACAUCGUUCUCGUGCUUCAACACCGACAUUCUUCGACAGAUGAAAAGUUCAAGAUUUAUGAUACUUCCGUCGUAAAACGGUACAUGGUUUCACCGGCUUUCGUUUCACUUUUUCCAAUAUACCCCGUAAACUUUCAAUAACCCACUUCCAAUCAGGCCUUGCGCAUCGAUCGAUCGCCAGUUGUUAAAAUUAACGGGCCGAGACCUCCUCUUGAAAUAUCCGCAAUUUGUCGAUCGUUCCAGGUAUCUGGUGAAACGAGUAACGCGAGAUGCGACUUCCGUUUUAAAAAUCACCGGCUCGAAAGUGACGCAUCCUAAACGCGUGUCGCUCCCUCGACCGUGCAGUUGGUCUUGCACGAUGGUGUUGAAACUUUGUUGGCCGCGUUCCAAAAAAGCUGGCCCGCCAUGGGGGAGGGCAUUGGUACUUUGGAAAACAAUACGAUUCAUUUAAUUUCCAUUAGAGCCGCGUCUCGCGUUUUGUCGGCGUCGUGGCGCCGGCCAAGCCAACGUCUGGCUAGAGCAUUGCCUCUACUACUAUUACAGCCACGGGAAGCUCGUUGGCCCAAAAGCCUGCAGAACCGUGUCUUUGACCAGCUGGCAUGGCUGUUAACCCUGAUUUGUCUGCCCCCGAUUCGUUGUACCGGGUAAAGUGACCGAUUAUCGUUUUGAUUUAUCACGCUCCAACCAUAUUCCACGGGAAAAAUGCGAUAUCGUUGUUAUAACCCUCUAUUUCCGUUCCGCAAGAUUUCCGACUAUUCACUCGGGUGCAGGGCCUUUGCGAAGAUUAACGGUAAUCGUUAAUGCACCAUUAUGAUGCUGGGUACUAAAUGUCUAUCUAUUCAUUGCUUUUCGCUGCGUGUAAUUUUCUUAUCAAUUAAGGCUUGGCGUAACUGCCAAGGCAUCCUGUUUCGCUUGUCGCUUUCCUUUUCGUCACUGAACUGCUUCAUUAAUUUCCAAGCUUCAGGAAUCGAGCGAAACUGGUAUCGCUCCAUUUUGUAUCGUAAACUGACCGAUACGAGCGGAGUUACCGAUCGCUGAACGAUCCUUUCGUUCCUCUUUUGAUCUUUCGUCGAAUGUGCUGGUGGAUACAGCGGUAUAAUUAGCUAACGUUGCUUUGUUCCUUUGUGAGUGCGAUGCAUACGAAACAAUGCAAUAAUAAUUAAUUUAAUGGCAUUUGCUUUACUGGUAAUACCUUGUUUAUUACAAUAUCGAAAUUCUCUAUUUUCAAUUUCCGCGGUGUAUCCUGAUAAUUAGAGGGAAGUUUGCAUGUGGCUAUAAAGUUCCAUUUUCUUUUCUCGCGUAUCAACGUUUAGAACGCGUCGACGAAUAACGUGUGCUAGUUUAUUAAUAUUUGCAUAAGGUCGGAACGAGCAACGCUCGCGUUUAUCUAAUCGCUGAAAUAGCGAACCGCGGCCGAGAUACACGUUACGAGAAUUCCGAUUUUAUUGGUCCCGUGACGUCGUAUUUUCGUUGCGAAUUUUCUCGGCGAAAACUGGGUCGCCUCCUCCCGCUACAAUAUUUGUUUUUCGUUCGAGCCACUUUUUCCUCGCUUCCCGAUCGCUUCUCGAACGAGCCACGAAGCUGUUCGACUCGAUGUAUUACCGAGCCAUAACUUGUCGAAACUUUCGUACGUUUUCCCGCCUUCCAAAGUGCAGUAGUUUGUUUAUUCUCGAAACAGCCGUAACGUUUUCUCGCGUAUUAUCCUCGUUUCCCGUGUCGCGUUCUAUCGUUAGAACGCCGUCCUCGACGCUUCUUUUGCACCUGUUUAGAGACGUUCAAAUAUUCGCUCCUUUGUUUGCCCGGCUUACGUAUUCAUUCAUGGUAUUAGCGUAAUCACCAUCUCGGUCUAUUCAUCGUUGUUCUCGCGAAGCGCGAACGUGUACGUACGUCUUGGACGUUUUCGUUUCUUUUCUUCGACGCGUACGCCUCGUUCACGCUUUUGUUUCUCCGCGAGAAGAAGGAGAAGAAGAGGCGAAAGAAGAAAAAUCGCCCGGUGCAUUCCAGGGCAACGAUUUCAGGGAUCGGUAACGAGUUUAACGAACUGGCUUCCUCGCCGAGCAGUAUCCCUUCCGCGUUCCUGCUGUUCCUAGCGAUUCUCUGCCACCAGUGCACCCCUUCGCGUCUCAUUCCCGAAGAAAAACACGCUCCUCGCCCGGAGAAUUGAGCGAUCCGCUGAAACGACACCUUUUUACGCGGCUGAUGAGCGAGCUUUGUGCCGCGGGACGUUUCUUGAACCGUUGCUUCUUCGAGCAAUUCAUCGAGCUCCCUAAUGACGCUUUCGAGAUGUUCGUGCCGAGAUAAGAGAAGUUUCUAACCGCGAGAUGAUCGACGUUUGCAUCGUAGAUUCGAGAUAGAUAUUGUCUCGCUGUUGCGUUCCACGAGAAAAAGAUUAAUGAACGAAAUAUAACAAAUUGCGAGCUUCGAAUCGAUUCGUGUUUGUUCCUACGUCGCACGCUGUGCCCGCUUCGGGAAAAUCUCCCGCAGAACUGCCUUCUUUCCUACGAAAAUUUCGGUAACCACACUCGGGAUAAUAUACGAGGAUUACAAUUGUCGAGGGACGAGUAUUCGUAGACACAAAUACGCGCGCGAUUAUUCAAAGAGGAUCUUUUCUGAGCGAUUGGAGCUCGUGUAAACAGAGCUUUACGGUGUUAUCGUAAGAAUAUCAAUGCCAGCUGCGAAGCUUCGCCCCCCUGAUCGCUCUCAAAAGAGUCAAUAAACAGCAGGCUUUCGAGUGUCUGCGCGACGUUUAGACCGGCGCUGAAUUGUUCGUGGAUCAUCCGUGCAACAACUGCUGCCAGUGAAUUCAACGUCAGGCCGCGCGCGUGCACGUGCUAAUUACUCAUAUAAUAUCCACCCACAUGCUUCUCUUGUUCCGUGCUCGGUUCACCGGCACCCUGACCUACGCUCCCUUCCCCGUGAAUCACGCGCUUUGCCAAUUAUACCCGUUUCGUGCCGUUGAAACCGCUGCUAAAUUUGUCGCCGAUAGAAACAUUGUAGGGAAGUCGCGAACAAAUAUCCGUUCGAGGCUCUGCCAACGGGGGAUUCUUUUAUUCACAGAAAUUCGAACCGUACCGUUCUAAAAUCCGUAAUAUCUUUCAAGAAUUAAUAUUUGUAGAAGAGUUAGAAAUUCCCAACAAAGUAGUAAAUAAUGUACCGAGCCACGUAAUGCACCAGCUGCGAGUAAAGUUCCCUUUCCCGUUUUAAAAGCUCGACUUAAUUAAUAACCGAGAUAAGAUUUCGAUUGCAUCUUACGGUGGGAGCGCGUGAGUCAACGCGACAAAUAUCCAAUGUCCAUGCUCGACGAAAUAGAAAGAGGAAAAGGGUAGAAUCGAGAAGGGUGAACUUUUGACGUCAGCAUAAUGCAAAUCUCCCUUCAGAUAUGCUGCGACGAUAGACGAUAAGCUAAUCCAUUGAAGGUGGCGCGACAGCUGCUAAAACUCUUGCUGUUCCUAAAACACUUUGCCCUUUACCUCGGUUUUUACCCGUUAAAACGUUCCCUGACCGUGUUUGGACAACGUUAAUGGAUCGUGGAACUAUUUACGCUCGACAAUGUAUAGUAAAAGAUCCAGUUACCCGCGCAUAUUCGCUUUUAGAAUUAUCUUCUUUGCAAACACCCCUUCAGGUAUAAUACUUCAAACCAAAAAGAUCGUUACCAUUUCGGUUUAACAAUUACAAGAAAAUUCAGUGUUCCAAACUCUGGUACCAUUAAACUGAAAUUCGCCCGAAGAGUCCACACGAGUUUUCGACGAAACAGAAAUUCCGUUCGGUUAAACGAAGACGAUCGCCGGUUGUAAUAGAGUUUACGCGGACCCGCAGUUAACAUAAUAAACUGGUCGAUUUAGAAAGCUGGUUAAUUGCUCCCGCACUGUGGUGUCUAUCGAUUCUCGACGAGAUCGUGGAGUGUUUGCAAAAUAAAUUAAUUGCUCGACCGGCAAUUACGAACUCGAGAAAGAGCAUAGGGACUCCUGUCGCGGACCUAACGAGACCCUUAUUGCCGCCAGCAAUUAGUUUUUAUGUAGGGCCAAUGGGAUCAAAGCGACCGCGUAUUCUACGGGAACGGUUCUAUGCCGGUACUUCCUACACUUGUCACCACAGUUCUUCCAUAUCAGUCGAUUUUUCAACGCGUCAAAUCUGACACGAUUUCGUGACAAGCAUUCGUAAUGUACCGAUUCUUCGUGAUCGCUAUGAGAUAAAUUAGGAUUAUCUCUUCCCACAAAGUUUCGCAUAAACGAUAGUAGAAGUAAAAAAGAAUGGAAGUGGCUGCGAUUAUCUCGUACGGUUCUCUAUGGUUCGGUUCGUAAAAUCAACGAUCUGUAGAUAGGCACGUCGUAACAUAUCGUUGAAAAGCUAACGAACAGCCGUGGAAAGAGCAUCGAAGACCAACCGUUGACCGGGCCACUAAUGACAAGUUAACGAGCAGUCGGAAUGACGUGCACGCGCUCGUUAAACGCGUUGAAAAUGUUAAAACUGCAGCUGGCAAAUCUGACGCCAUUAAACGUUCGACACUCGAGCUUUUUUCGACGUCGAAAUCACUGCGUCGUGCCUCGCGAAGCCCGUGCCAAAGCGAAAAAACUUUCAACCAUUCCGCCGCUAUCGUAAUUAGUGACUGAAAUUUUUCGAAUUCCGAGCUAGAAAUUUUAUCCUCCUUGUUACUGCUAGUUCUUUGAACGGUACUCUCCUUUUAUGCAAACAUUAACGCGUUCAACUUUAAUCGAGAUACCGUCGCGUGCGUUUCAUAGAUGCAGUCACGUUCGAUUUAGCCCCAAAGGUUAAUCGGAGGAUCAACAUCGAAAGCUCUCACCCGUAUAACCUUCUAUCUUCGGACUAUCAACGCUUGACACGCUGUUAAAUUAAUUGAUUCUUGUAGCAAUUAGAUCCUCGCGAAAAAGAAUUGUACUGCCGAUCGCUACGAUGUCGCAAUAUCUCUUCGGUAACCGAGCGUGACGAAGAACCUGUUACCUGAACUGAUCUCGGUUCAAAAACCAUUCGGUGCAUAUUCAAGGCGACUACGAGUUGCCGAGUAAAGUCUGAAACAGCACGCGAUAUCCAGCACACUACAUCGAUCAGAAACAACGUCAACGAUGAAGGAUGCUGUAGAGAGCAAGGAUUAAGAAACAAUACGGAGACAACGUGGCGGGCUUCACCGUGGCCGUGAACAAUGGCUCCGCGGAGCCAGCUUAUUACGUGGACCGGUUGCACAGGCAAAGAAUGCGACUGCAACAGCAACAACAACAGCAACAGCAACAGUGUCAACAGGCGCUCAGGUUCACGGUGCAGCCGAGUCACGUGGCAACCUCGGGCAAAGAGAUCCUCGAGGCACCUCGAAGAGACGAUUUGGUAUACGUGCAUUGUGCCACCACCGAGGACGAGGAGGAGGAAGAGGAACCGAAAGGAUUAACCAGGUCCAGAUCGUGGCUCUGUUGCCCCAGUGAUCGCAGCGCCGACAGAACCGUCCCCAUACAGAUCGAAACUGGUUACAGGGAUAAACAGGAGUCACUUCACGCGGCUGCGCUGUCUUCGCUGCGAUCAGAAGUCGCCGAGCUGAACUCGAGACUGGUGGCUGCGACUCGGGCAAGGGAAGCAGCAGAAGCAGCUUUGGUCCGAGCCGAAGUGCAAGCUGCGAGAGCGGAACAGAGGGCAGAGCAACAAGCAGCAAGGCACGAGGAGAGACUGACCGAGUUGCAUUCCGUGAUCGCGGAGCUGGGCAGACAGCUCGAGAGGCAUCGAGCUACCGUAAUUGCCGAGGAGGAUGAAUCUGAAAUAGAGACGAGCAGAGACGCAGAGGGUUCCAUCACGAAUCCGGUCGAGGAGAGCGAAGCAGGAGGUGACAUUCAGGGCGACGGAGACCGUACUUUGGGCGAUGUCGACUCCAGUUGCUGCGAGGACAUCGAACCACGUACUACGGAGAAUGGCAGAGAUCAGCUGGACAGUCCAGCGGCAUUACCGACUCCAGAACCAGCGCAGCAGACAAAUUCCUGCCAAAGCGUGGCUGUGGCAGCGUUGCAGGAAGAGGUGACAGCCCUUCGCGCAGAAAUCGCGAGCUUGCAAGGUCAACUGGUUAAUUAUAAGAAUCAGAAUUGCCAUCACAGGCAACAGGCUGACAGCGACUCGCCACGCAGAGAGCCAAGGACAAGAGGCAACACCAGCUCGCCGGAACCUUUGAGUGCACCUUGCUCGCCACUCUUGCCACCCUUGCAGACACCGCCGACAAAGAACGUAACGAGGGAGGAAGCACCGGUUCUUAAAAUGGCCGAGAGGGUGAGACUCAGGAGAACGGACGAGAGACACAUCACAGGACCCGAUAUUACCAACUUGGGAGUGUGUUCUACGAUGGUUGCCGAACAUCUAGUGUCCGAUCUUCUCGAGCACUCCAACAUUCAAGAACUGAACGGAUCCGAGAAACAAUUUGAGGUCGAAACGGAAAGAUUAAAUAGUAGACUGGAACAUGCACGAGCGAAUAACGCGGUACUUGCAUUGACCCUGCACGAAAGCAAAGCACAAUGCGACAGAUUGAGUCUUCUAGUUGGAAAAUACGAGUCGAACGCGACCGCCUUACGCUUAGCGCUUUCCUAUAGCGAUCGCGCGAUCGAAGCUUACGAUGUUUUAGUAGCGCUGUUAGAAAGUGAGAUCGCUUUAUCGACAGAGAGAAAUAGCACUACGAUCGAUAACAGAAGGGCAGCUGAACAUAUAGCCUAUCACGUUUUGAAUAAGUUGGAAAACGAACGUAUGAAUACCCUCAACUCCCCAUGGGACGAUAGUAUAGUCUUGUCGGACGAAUCCGAAGUAGCUUGGAGCGUCGAAGACGACCAGAGACUCAGAAGACACAUCAGCAGAUUGAAAGGAGAACGGGCUAUGGUUAGAUCCACUGCGGUAGAAUUAGAAAGCGUGCACGCUGAACCGUUAAACUCGAAGAAUACUAUCUCCCUUGCUGAAGCUCGAAAAUUAGAUUUAGAAACUGCCGUUCUUAUGCAGGAAUUGAUGGCUAUGCGAGAAGAUAAAGCAGAGUUACGGGCGCGUGUUUUCUUGUUGGAAAAGGAACGGGCUACCAUAGAAUUAAAAUUAAACGCGCGCGACACGCAAAUCGCGGCUCAGCAUGCUGCCAUUGAACAUCUUCAGGGUCAACUCAGUGAUACCGAAGCCAUGCUGGCAAUGGCUACGAAUAAAGAUCGAGGUUUGAGCGACAACGAAAGCGAAGGCAUGGAAUCCGAAUUAAUAGAGGCUCUAGGUCGGGAAGCUAGACUAAAGGAACGUUUGCAGGAGCUGGUGUCAACGUUGGAUAAAGUUAACAAAAAUUCGGAACUAAGGCAUCAACAGUCGGCUGAACUUGUUAACGAUUUAAAACGGGCGAACGGAGCUCUGGUGCAAACUUUAGAGAAAUCUAAGAAAAAAUAUCAAUCCAGACUAAAGAAGUUGGAGCAGCAAAUGCUGAGCAUGGUAGAGAGACAUGCUGCACAGGUGAAAUCAUUGAAACAACGAAUAGCUUUGUUAGAGGAGGAAUCAGCAGGAUACAAGACAAGUCUACCGCUUCAAUCGCAAAGUUCUGGCGCCAGCGAGACAUCGUUAUGACAACUCAGUGAUUAAUGAACAUGAUUUAACACCCGCUCGACAAGUAUUUUUACUAUCCCUCCUGUCAUUAUAGAAUGAUCGAGAAUGAAUAUAAAAUUUACGUAUUUUUUUACAUGGAUAGUUGCCCAAGGAUAAUGCUUAAUUAUUCGCUUUUGUAAUUACACAAAAAAAAAAAAAUACAAAUUAAUGUAGCUAUCCUAAUAAAUUUCAAGCUAGGCUUAUGCAAAAUGUGCUGCCGAUACAUCAAUGCAAGUAAACUAUUUAAGAAGGUCCUCCAAAUAUACUGUGAAUUAUAAAUAAUUGUUGCGUGAUAUAUGUCCUUUAUAGAAGGUGAUAUUCAUCCUGUAAAUAUGUAUAUUUCAAGCAUUAAAGAAAAGCGUAAUAUGUGUAAACUGUAAUAAAAUAUAUUGUGCUUUAUUAAAUCUGCAACUAAUAAAAUUUACAUUGUAAAUUA